CGGCCCGCGCGCCUCCGCACCCGGAAGCACUUUCCCUCACACGUCAGCAGCCGGCGUGUGACAGCCGGUGGCGGUUUGGCUGCCUGGGCCUCUCUCCCGGCCCCGCUCCCUCUCCCCCCUCCCGUGCAUGUUCUAUCGCUCCCUGCUGGUGGUAGCGGCUCGCCUCAGCCCUCGCGCUCGCUGCCUGCGGACCGCCGCCGCUCCUCGCCGCUGCCUCCUCCUCCUCAUGAAGCCGCUGGUUGUGUUCGUCCUGGGCGGGCCCGGAGCUGGCAAGGGGACCCAGUGCGCCCGCAUCGUGGAGAAAUAUGGGUACACUCACCUUUCUGCAGGCGAUCUCCUUCGAGAUGAACGAAAAAGACCAGGCUCUCAGUAUGGAGAACUAAUUGAAAAAUAUAUUAAAGAGGGAGCAAUCGUACCAGUUGAGAUUACUAUCAGCUUGUUGAAGAGGGCUAUGGAUCAAACAAUGGCUGCCAAUGUCGAAAAGUACAAAUUCUUGAUUGAUGGAUUCCCCAGAAAUGAAGACAAUCUUCAAGGCUGGAAUAAGACUAUGGAUGGAAAGGCAGAUGUGUCUUUUGUUCUGUUUUUCGACUGUGACAACGAGAUAUGUAUUGACCGUUGCCUUGAAAGAGGAAAGAGCAGUGGUAGGAGUGAUGAUAACCGAGAGAGUCUAGAAAAGAGACUUCACACAUACCUGCAGUCAACUAAGCCCAUAAUAGACCAAUAUGAGAAAAUGGGAAAAGUCAGAAAAGUGGAUGCCUCUAAAUCUGUUGAUGAAGUUUUUGGUAAGGUUAUGAAGAUUUUUGACAAAGAAGGCUAGUUCCAUUCUUGAAAGUUCCCUUGAAAUUGUGCUUGAAUCUUGGUUUAAUAGCUGCUACUAAAUUCAACACUUUUGUAAUCAUUUUAAAGGUUUUUUUAAAUGUUUCUUGUAUUCAUGGAUAGUUGGAAAAGUAAUUAAUUGAAAAUUAAAUUGUUUUUAAAUAGGAAUGGAUUCAUUUAUUGUGGCUAUAGUAGACAAUACAUUUCAGGAUUCUUCUCUAACUUAGUUCAAUUCCUUACAAAAUAAAGAUAGUAGUCAAAAUCAA